AUGUCAAAGUCGUGGAAGUCGACUCUGAAGCUGCCCACGUCGACAUUUCCUGCUCGGCCGAACCCCAAGUUCCAGCAGCAAUACCUCCAACAAUGCACCGAUGACCUCUACGCGUGGCAAUCGACUCAGCGAAAAAAUGAUGACGACCCCUUUGUCCUUCACGAUGGCCCCCCCUACGCCAAUGGCCCCCUUCACAUCGGCCACUCCAUCAACAAGAUCCUCAAGGACAUGAUUGUACGCAACCAGGUGCAGAGGGGCAGGCGCGUCGUAUACCGUCCGGGAUGGGACUGCCACGGCCUCCCAAUAGAGAUGAAGGCUCUGGGGACGGGUAACGGCAAGGGGAUGAGCCCCGUCAAGAUCCGCGACCAGGCCAAGCGCCUCGCGUCCAAGACUGUCACCGACCAGCUCAAGGGCUUCAAGUCUUUUGGCGUCAUGUCCGAUUGGGACGCCAGGUGGACUACAAUGGACCACGCCUACGAGAUGAGGCAGCUGCGCGUCUUCCAGAAGCUCGUCCGUCACGGGCUCAUCUACAGAAAGCACAAGCCCGUCUACUGGUCCACGUCGACGCGCACCGCUCUCGCAGAGGCCGAGCUCGAGUACAGGGACGACCACCAGUCGCUCGCAGCCUACGUCAAGUACUUGAUCGAGGAGGGAGCUUCGGCAGUCCCCGGGCUGGAGAAGCUCCAGGGUCCCCUCUACGCCGCCAUCUGGACUACCACGCCCUGGACCCUACCCGCCAACAAGGUUAUCGCCGUUCACAACGACAUCAGGUACUCGGUGCUCCAGCUGGAUGGUUACGGUGUCCUUGUCGCCGGGACGCUUAUCGAUGCUGUCAAGAAGUUUGCCCCCGAUGCUGCUGUCGUGGCCGAGGAUAUCCCCGGCUCCAGCUUGGUUGGUCUGCGGUACCGGAACAAGCUGAGGGGCAGCUCUGCCCCGACGCAGCCCAUCAUCCACGCCGAUUUUGUGACGGCCGAUUCUGGCACAGGCCUCGUCCACGUCGCCCCCGGUCACGGCCAGGAUGACUACGAGGCGUGCGCGCAGAUCGGCAUCGAGGCUUUCGCCCCCAUCGACGAUGAUGGCCACUUCACUGCCGAGGCCUUCCCCGAAGAUCCGGAGAGGCUCACCUCGGCUCCGACCAUCCUGGACGGAGGCAGCCAGGCUGUUCUGGACAUUGUCGCCGACGACGUGAUCGGGACCGAGACCCUACGACACAAGUACCCGUACGACUGGAGGACCAAGCAACCCGUCGUGACCAGGGCCACGGCCCAAUGGUUUGCUGACGUGGGAAGCAUCAAGGACGACGCGCUCCAGGCCCUCAGGAAGGUCCGGUUUGUGCCCAAGAGCGGCCGCAACCGUCUGGAGAACUUCAUCAAGGGCCGCAGUGAGUGGUGUAUAUCACGCCAGCGAUCGUGGGGGGUGCCCAUCCCUGCGCUGUACGAUGCCGACGGCGACUCCGUCAUGACGGAAGACUCCAUCGAGCACAUCAUCGGCGUCAUGCAGCAGCGCACCUCCCAGGCCUGGUUCUCCGAUGCCCCCGACGAGCCCGCGUGGAUCCCCGCCUCGCUGCGGCAGCGGGGAAAGACGUACCGUCGCGGCACCGACACAAUGGACGUGUGGUUUGACAGCGGUAGCAGCUGGACCGAGACUGCCGGUCCGGCAGACGUGUACCUUGAGGGCAGCGACCAGCACCGCGGGUGGUUCCAGUCCAGCCUACUCACGUACGUGGCCGAGCAAAAGGCCGACGGCAAGACCGGUACCGCCAUCGACGCACCCUUCAAGACUCUCAUCACACACGGCUUCACCCUCGACGACCACGGUAAGAAGAUGUCCAAGUCGCUCGGUAAUACCUUGGCGCCCAGCCAGGUCAUGGACGGCACUCUCCUCCCACCCCUGAAGACCAAGGGCAAAGGCCCCCCAAAGGCGGAUGCGCUGGGUGCCGACGCACUCAGGCUCUGGGUCGCCAUGACGGACUUCACAAAGGACAUGCUCAUCGGACCCUCGGUCCUGCAGCCCGUGCACAGCUCGCUCAUCAAGUACAGGACCACGCUCAAGAUGCUGGUCGGGUCUCUGCACCAGUCCAGCCGGCAGGCCCCGCUCACAAAGCUGGACCAGAUUGCCCUCAUGCAGCUGCAGGACACCAUGGACAAGGUGAGCGAGGCCUACCGCGACUUUGAGUUCUACCAGGGUGUGCAGAUCAUCAAUCGCUGGCUCGCGAACGACCUGUCCGCCUUCUACCUCGAGUGUCUCAAGGACAGGCUGUACUGCGGCGAUGGCGGAGGUGUCAUCGAGCCCAUCUUCACCGGCUUCCUGCGCAUGCUGGCACCGAUUACGCCUAACCUCGUCGAGGAAGCCUGGGCGCAUCGCCCGCAGUGGAUGAUGGAAGACGGAUCUUCCAUCAGCCCUGCUCGCCAGCUCUACGAUGCACCCCUCACCCAGUCAGAGCGACUUGACCGAGACCCCACGCAGCUACGACAAGACUGGGACGUCCUCUCUACCGUCCGAGACGCCGUCAAACUGGCUCUCGAGAGCGCACGCGAGGACAAGCACGUCGGAAGUUCGCUCCAGUGUUCCGUCAUAGUCAAUAUCGAUGGUGCCGAGCAUGUGUCUGACUGCCUGACCCGGUACGCAGACGAGCUCGAGGACAUAUUUGUCGUGUCGUCUGUUGCCGUCAACCCGGAGCAGCAGCAGCAGCAGCAGCAGCAGCAGCCUGCCUGGUCCUACGAGCAGGCGAUUAUCCGGGACAGCUGGAGUGGCAAGGUGACGGUCCUACCGCCUGUCGAUCACAAGUGUUCUAGGUGUUGGAGGUAUAUGGCUGCCGAGGAGGAGGGGUUGUGUACCCGCUGUGAUGAGGUUGUGGGUGCCCUCGACUCUUAG